AUGGACUACGACCUCGCACCUAGCGGCUCGGCCCACCUGCCCUACGGCGACGAGUCGUCCGGCAGCUCGGGCGACGGCGGUUCGUCCUCUUCCGACUCGCACCCGUCCCCCGCCGACUCGAGCUACGGCCCGCACGACUGGGGCGUCGACUUUGCCGCGCUCGGCGUAGCAGCAGCCGGUCCCGCGUUCCACCACCACCACCAGGCCGCCGCCGUCCUCAGCCACCACUCGGCUGCCGCCGCCGCCGCCGUCAAGUUCGCCCCGCGGCCGCACUCGCACCAACUCGGCCAGCAGCCGCAGCACGACGCGCUCGGCACCGCCUCGAACGACUUCUGGUCCGCACCCGUCGCCCAAGCGCCGUUUGCCGGCGCCGCCUCGUCGACCUCGUCCGCCGACAGCCCGGCCGCCAACCCCGAGAGCAACGGCACCCGCGACUACUUUGCGCAUGCCCGGCAGGGUCACGAGCGCGUCGGCAUGGACUUUGACGACAUGGUGCACGAGGACGUGUGCGGACCUUCCACCCUCACUUCACCGACCGAGACCGUCCCGACCCCUCUCUCGACGCACGUCUUCUCGCAGGCCGCUCCCGCCGCCGCCGUCCACGCCUUCCACCCGCUCACGGCCGCCUCGAUGUCGGCCAAUGCUGCGUCCCUGUCCAACCCGAUCGACCUGUUCGCCGUCAACGCCGGCAUCGCCCCGAGCCUCACGUCGGCCCAGACGCCCUCGCCGCUUCACUCGCCCGCGACCGAGUACCCGAUGCCCGCACUCGUCAGCGCCACGUCGACGGCCCCGGCGACGCGCUCGUCGAGCGUCGGCCGCUCGCGCGCGAGCAUCGGCGGCGGCGGCGGCGGCCCUGGCGGCGAGGCCGAGACGAGCAUGCGCGACCUGAGCCUCUCGCGCCGCAGCGACGCCUGGUCGUCCUCCGGCGGCGGCGCUCCUGUCGCGCCGCACGCUCCUCCAGCCUCAUCGAGCACGAGCACUAGCGCGCACGCGGCCAAGGCGGCGCUCCACCACGCGGUCGGGCCGUCGGUCAACCUCGUCGCGCGCGACGCCGUCCAGGCCGCGCACCUCAUCCCGGCGCACUCGAGCCCACCCGCCGAGUCGGUCACGAACGCCGAGCUCGUCGUGCUCGGCGUGCCGACACUCGGCGCCAAGUCGCGCGUCGAGACCCAGAUCAAGAUCAGCCUCGCGCUCGUGCGGCCCCGGCACGGCGGCGGCGCUGGGGGCGGCGGCGCGAGGGUCAGCGACGACAUGGUCAUGGUGGACGGUGGGCUCGAUGCGCGGGCGGCGGACGACCUCGAGCGGCUCGGGACGUGGAGCCACCUGCGGCUGCCCAAGAACCUCGCGCUCAAGAGCAAGCCGGGCAAGCAGUUGAGCGCCGCGGCACUCGCCAAGAAGGCCAAGCCUGAACCUCCUGCCGAGCAGAUCCUGUCGGUCGACGUCGCCGUCGUCUCGGCCACCGACCCGUCCCAGUCGAUCUACAUCUGCGACAACUGCCAGGCGCGCGAGCUCAAGCGCUCGCUCCGCAAGAAGGACGCCAAGGGCAAGACGUACACGGCGCCGGCGCCCGUGCCCGACGUCGACUCGCCGCAGCGCGACGAGGCCGAGGAGCGCAAGAAGGUCGUCGUGUUCAACGCGCAGGAGCUCGUCGAGUUCGCGUCGGGCGAGAUCGUGCUCCCGACGAGGGUGACGUGCUACUGCCGUCACCACAAGGAGAAGCGCGGGUUCCGCGUCACGUACACGUUGCGCGACCACCGCGGCGUCGUCGUCGCGACGGGCUCCACACCGCCGAUCAUGAUCACCGACGACCACAAGACCAACACGGCCGCGUCCAAGACGGCCUCGGUCGCCUCGCUCGCCGCCGCCGCACAUGGCGUCGUCGCGCACGACGAGCGCUCCGCCGCCGCCGCGCAGGCUAAGCGCAAGACGAGCAAGUCGGCCGCGUCGACGCCCGCACCCGCUCGCAAGGAGCGCCGCGACAAGGCCGGCUCGCCGGCCUCGGGCACGACGACGCCGUCGGCGCACGCCUCCGGGCGCCCUCGACGCGCCGCGACGACUCGCUCGAGGCGAGGCGCGACCGACAGCGACGACGAGAGCGGCGAGGUCGGCGGCGCGGCGUCCGAGGCGACCAAGAAGGUGCGGCCGUACGACGCCGACCAGCGCCCGGCGAGGGCCCAAGGGCGCAAGUCGGCCGCCGCGAGCGCGCAGGCGAGCAGGUCGCCGACGUUCGCCAUGACGCCGCUGCGGCAGGCGUCGCCGGUCAACUUUGCGCCGCCGCACCCGUCGCAGUCGCAGGCGUCGAGCCGCGCUCCGUCUACGGGCAUGCAGACGCCGCAGACGAUGGAAGGCGUCUCGCUCCCGCCGCUGCCGCACCAGGUCGAGUUGGCGCUCGGGCUGGGCGGCAUGGAGGACUCGCUCAUGGUCGACACGCCGGCCCAGCAGCAGCAGCAGCAGCAGCAGCAGCCGAGCGGCCUCGUGUCGUACCUCGGCGACGGCGCGCGGCACUCGGUCUCGUCCGACGUCGACUGGCGAGCCAACCUGUCGACGCCGCCCAUGUCGCCCGGCGGCUCGACCGGCCCGUCCGAGUCGUACCACUCGCUGUUCAGCGGGUUCCCGUCGCCUGUCGGCUCGUCGCGUGAGCUCGCGCCGACGCCGUCCGCGCCGGGGUCGGCCAUCCCGUCGUUCGCCAUCCCUGCGACCGAGCCCAUGCCGACGAGCCUCACGCCGAGCUGGACGAUCCCGCAGCAGCCCGAGCAACUCCUGCCGCCGUCGCUCCCGCCCCGCAUCACGCACCUCAUCCCGGGCGAGGGCCCGGUGCACGGCGGCAUCGAGGUGACCGUCCUCGGCGAGAACUUCGUCCAGGACCUGACGUGCGUGUUUGGUGACAGUGCGGCCGUCCCGACCCACUACUGGUCGUCGAGCACGCUCGUCGCCGUCCUUCCGCCGUCGGCCAACCCGGGCCCCGUCGUCGUCAGCAUCAAGGGCGUCCCGCUCACGGUCGAGCCGGGCAACGGCCUCCAGCUCUUCACGUACAAGGACGACUCGGACCGCUCGCUCCUCGAGCUCGCGCUCCAGGUCGUCGGGCUCAAGAUGACGGGCCGCCUCGAGGACGCUGCCGCCGUCGCGAUGCGCAUCGUCGGCAACAGCCCGAGCGGCGCCGGCGCGCCUGGCGCAGGAGCCGGCGGCAUGAUCGGCGGCGGCUCGACGCCGGGCUCGCAGCACAGCCUCGGCGGCGGUAGCGCGACCGACACGGCGGCGCUCGCCGCCACGCUCAACGCCGCCGCGUCCUCGGUGUACGCGACGCCUGCCGCCUCGCGGGCCACGUCGCGUCGCUCGAGCUUCAGCAGCACAGCGUCGCCGCGCACCUCGUCGGCCCCCGUCCCGCCCGCCAACGCGUUCAGCGGCGAGCCUCGGGGCUUCGAGGGGAUCGUCAUGAAGUUCCUCUCGCUCCUCGACCUCGACCCGUCCCUCCUCCCCGGCGCGGCCCCGUCUCUCCCCUCGUCGCGCCCGCCCAUCUCGCUCGCCAACGCCCAGCAACACACGCUCCUCCACCUCGCCACGGUCCUCGGCUUUCGCCGCCUUGUCGCGUUCCUCGUCGCUCGCGGCGUCACUCUCGACAAGGAGGACCGCAAUGGGUACACGGCGCUCCACUUUGCCGCCCUGUACGGCCGCGUCAACAUCGCGCGCCAGCUCCUCGACGCCGGCGCCGACGUGCGAGCACGCACUCGUGCCGGCAAGACGCCGCUCGAGGUGGCGCAGGACCGCGACGACGUCGACGUCGAGGAGCUCCUCCUCGCUCGCGGCGCCGUCAGCCCGGCGGGCGCGCUCGUCGCGACGCCGACGGCCGCCACCGUCCUCCAGCUCGCGAGCCCGACCAGGAGCUUCCUGCGCCUGAGCGACGCCGGCGACGAGAGCGAGGACGCGGCGACCGAGUACGCGAGCGACUGGACCGUCGACGCCGACUCGGACCUGUCGGACUCGGACAUCGACGACGCCGACGAUCGCGACGUGUGGGACGACAGCGAGGCGCAAGACGCCGACGAGUCGGCGUUGGACGAGACGUCGCCCGUCCGCAAACCUCGAGUGCGCUCGCGCCAGGUGUCGAGGAACGCGUCGUCCGCCUCGCUGCACCACCUCGUCGAGGCUGAACACGUCGAGGUCGUCGAGCACAAGCGCUUGCCCAGGUUCCGGCGGCCGUCUCUGCCAGUUCCCGACGCCGCCGUCGACGCCAUCCCUGUCGGCGAGCCUGUCGCCCCUCAAUCGCGCCCUCCUGUGACGCCGCUCAACCACCUCGCGUCGGCCUCGUCGUCGUGGCUCUCGGCCAAGCUCAAGCCGACCGUCCAGCCGGGCCUCGACAAGCUGCAGCCCAUCGCGGGCAGCGUCACGGGCGCGUGGGAGAAGGCCAAGGCCAACCGCUUCGGCGUCCCGACGAUGCACAUGCCCGAGCUCACGGCCUUCCACGCCAUGCCCGCCGCCCUCAGCCGCCACAUGGGCAGCGGCCCGAGCACCUCGAAGACGAAGCGUCGCCGCGCCGCGACCGUCAGCGAGUCGCGGUCGCCCGCCGGCGACGUCGAGCCGGACCUCGGCGACGAGGCCGACGAGUCGAGCACGCCGUUCGAGCGUCUCUCGCUGCGCGACUGGCGUGCGGCGUUCCAGGCCCCGGCAUGGUGGACGACCAAGGCGCCCUCGUCGCCGCCGCCGCAGUACUCGCCACGCGACGAGCUCUCGGCCGCUGCGUCGGGCGCGUCCGACGACAAGCCGGCACUCGACGACGACGAGGCGAGCACGUCGGCGAUCGACACGGCCUCGUCUCCUCGAUCUGGCGCCACCACGCGCCUGCGCAUGCGCCGCCGCACGUCGGCCGUCUCGCACGUCUCGGACGACACCGAGGUCGACGCCGAGAGCGACGCCGGCAGCACGUUUGGCGCCGUCGACUCGCCGCUGCAGGUCGGCAUCCGCUCCGACGCAAUGCUCCUCGCCUUCUGGUUGCCCGUCCUCUGUGUCGCGCUCUACUUUGCCUGGACCCGGUGGGCGACGCAGGUGCAGCCCGUCCUCGACACCUUCCUCGACACGGUGUUGCCCUACACCAUGCGCCGCUAGCCGGCGAGCCGCCUUCCUCCCCUCGCGCCCUCUCGCCCGUAUACUCGUCCUCGUUGUUCUUUCGUGCUCCCCUCUUUCGUACCACCAGCGUUUCCUCGUCGAGCAAUGUAGCACAGCUUCUCUCU